GAUGACAUACCUCCCCCCCUCGAAGUCCUAGCCGAUCCCAGUCGAGCCGACGAGACUGCUCGCCAAAGGGACUGUUUAGACGCAGUAAAUGGUUGUCUACCUCCACUACCAAAUGAUUCCCAGCGAUGUCGAAAACGACAAAAAGAUUCAUUGCUUGAUGACUCGACAACGCAGUCCUAUUUGGACCUGUGGUCCGAAGAAGGUUUCGUGCAGCAUGCUAAGAAAAAGAAGUCGAAACAACAACCUCUAAGUCUUCGGGAACUACAAUCAAAUAGUGGUAACACACAAGGGGGUGGAGGUGACGAUCGUGACGGCGACCAAAACGGCAAUGACGGGAAAACGGGUGGGGAUGCCGGUGGGGAUGGCAAUAACAAUGGUGAUGAUAAGGAUAAGGACAAAAAGAAGGCAAACGAAGAGAAAGAGAAGCAGAGGGCCGAGGAGAGAGAGGGAAAGGGAGAGGGAGAGGGAGAAGCAGAGAAAAAAGGAAAGCAUAGGCGGCAGCAGAGUUGAGGACCUAAGGGCGGCAUUUGAAACUGGGGGCAAAAAAAAGAAGAAGACCAAAGCCCAGGUCGAUGAAAAAAUAGAGGAGGAGAAGAUUGAACCAUCGAAAGUGGAGAACGCGAAAAAGUUCGACACAUUCGAUGACAUUCAGGUCAAUGACAACGCACCGUCAAUCAGUGUCAAUGCCGGCGGCAGUUCACCAGAAAGCAAACCCAACCUUUUUGGCAUCUUCACGAGCUGGAUGGGAGGAAGGGAAGGUAACCGAUCCAAAGACAAUAUGCCAAAAGAAAAAGAACAGAAGAAGGAUUUGCUCGAAGUCAACCCCUGGGAAAGUGAUCAAUCCAAGUCUAGGAAAAACGAUCAAGGCUCGCAUAUCAGUGCCCUAGACAUUGACGAUGCCAAGCGUGAGGAAUCGGCUGUCCGCCCCGAAAAGGAGGAGGAUAACCUCGGCCUGGGCUUUACUGCGACUAGUAAGGACAAAAAGAAGAAGAAGAAGAAGGAUGAACUCUUACCCGUUACUACGUCCGAAACCCACACCCCUGAGGCAGUAAAUGAACCUGUGGCAACGAAGGACAAUGUGUGGGCCGAUUCCUUGACCUCGGGCUCCAAGAAGAGCAAGAAGGGCGUUCUAGAAGCCAAAGAAUCUCUAGACAACAACAAAGUAGAAAAGCAAUCUCGUCUGUCACCUGAGCCCGAAAAAACAGAGAAUAUUGUAGGCUCCACCACCACUUCGAAAAAGGAUAAGGAGAAGAAAGGGAAAGUGUCGGUGACGGAGGCAGAAGCAAAUGAAAGACAAGCCGUCGCAAAGGCACCAGAGGUCGAAACUGACACUAUCGAUGAUCUUGGUAAAAAGAAAAAGAAAAAGAAAAGCAAGAACGCCGAACAUGAACUCGAAACAGAGCCGGAUUUCGAGGCGGAUACGGCCAUUCCUGCCGAGAUAGACAACGCAGAUGAAGGCUGGUCAAGCAGUUGGAACACGACUACAGUCAAGAAGAAGGGCAAGAAGAGUAAGGGUACCGAGGAAAUGAACCCUGAGGCUGAGGCCGAUGUUCCAAUGGAGCCUGAGAAGAAAGGCGAGGUCGCUAGCAUCUGGGGCAUCAAUAAGAAGGACGCCAUCGCCAAGGAGUCCGAACACGAGGGGCCUGACCCGGGACAUAAAACAGAGCCUGUGCAAGAGCCCGAUCCGGAAAGCAAAACCACCGAUGGAAAGAAGGACAGGAAGAAGAAAAAGAAAGGAAUUGUCGAAGGUCCUCCCAAAGUGCUCAACCCCUUAUCAGACCCAGAUCUAGAAAGGGAAGAAUCUUUGGAAGGCGGUCGGGCGAAUGCCAGUGCUUCUUCCAAGGAGAAGAAGAGAAAGAAGAAUAGCAUUUUGGAGCAGGUUGCUUUGAAGGAAUCCCAAGCUGGAUCAGUGUCGGAGACGUCUGCUCACAAUGAUGAUGAUUAUUUGAGUAUCGGUAGCAAGGACGACAAGAAACAUAAUAGCCCGGACGCCACUGAGGGGUUUUUAGAGAGAAAGCAACUUGGCCUGUCCCACCAAAAACAUCACUAAAAAAUUCAAAGAAGAGCCUCAGCCAGCUGAAGUCGAGGAGGGUUGGCUACCUUGGCAGAAGAGAAAGACCAGAACCUCAACUGAACUCAAGGAUUCGGACAAGCAAGAGUUUUCCCCAGCCGGUUCCAAAGCCCCCGGCGCCGGAGAAGACGACUUCUGGGGGAAUCUGAGUUCUGGAAGUGCAAACCAGACCGAAGGUAAUCUGAUGCCAGAUUCAAUCGAGGAGCCCAAAAAUGACGAUCGUCGGGGUCUUAGUUGCAAUUCUAAGAAGGAUAAGAAAAAAGGAAACAAGAACUUCUUAGUGGAGGUCGAAAAUGGCUC